AUUUUCAAGUCGCUGAGAAGGCUUCUUAUCCUGCUGGAUGGAUUGUGUGUUCUAACCUCUGGCGAUUGACACAGCUGCUUCCAUCAAUGGCACUUCUCUGGUGAUUUCUUAAGAGGGCUUCUGCUGGUCUUCUGGUGCCUUGACCCUUGGCUUUCUCACUCCUAUAUUUCCACUGGCAAUUGCUCAACAGUCUCUGAAGUUUUCACAAUGCCAGUUUCAACACAUGCUUUACAACAGAUGGCAAUCUAUUUGGGGAUAGUUUCUGGAGGAGGAUGUGCAGCAAUGUAUUACCUUAUACAACAAACCUUCGCCAAGUCAGAAUAUUACAAGUUGGCAAUCGAAGAGCUCAAGAAAAAUGACAUAGCACUGGAUGCCUUGGGAGCCCCUCCUCUCCAGAUCAGAAAUAUCAAACUUACCAACAGAAACAACCGCGUGGAUGGAAUAAGUGCAAGGAUUAUAAUUCCAGUAUGUGGAAAUAAAUCAGCUGGUUAUCUCCACACCUAUUGUAUAAGGGACACUGUACAGAAAAGAUGGUUUCUACAAGAGGCCAUUUUACAAUUGCUCGAUGGCCAACACUUUUCAGUUUUCUCCGUGACCAAGGAUGAAGACCAAAGCUAAUAUAUGUGCAAUGCCUUUCAAAAGUGUUUUUUGGACAAUCAAAUUAACAGAGUCCUGGCGGUAACAGGAUGCCCAUUUCAUAUAUCUGUAAACUUCAAAAGGUGCUCACCUUCUGAUAUGUAAAAAAUGAUUGGUGAAGAUUGAGCACUGGUUCAUCCAGAAAUUACCGUAAAAUUCUAAGACUGGGUUUUCAAUUUCAGUUUAAUGCAAAUGUCCUACUUGUCCAGCAAGACAUAUUCUUCUGGCAAUAAAUUUCAAUUCUGUAAAGUACAGGUUACCUUAAUUAAUAAACCCGACUAUAACAAACUCGAAAUUGUGCAAAAUAGAAAGUACUUUGUUACAGUGCUCAGGAAUGGAAAUGACAUUACUUGUACUCAUUUAUAGAGAAUACUUUGUUGGCCAAUUUGCAAAUAUUAAAUGUUUUUCAUCUUUCAGACUCAAACAAAAAAUAUUUUCAUGAAAUAUUCGACCUAGAUCUAGAAGAACUUGGAAGGAUAGCCAAGCAAUAACAGAGCCAAGUUUUGGGAAAUAAAUUCAAAAGAAAGCUUGAUCACCAUUUGAAAGUAUGCUGCUCUCGUAGAGGAAGAUUUAUAUGGUGUGCAUUCAUUCAACUGCAGAUACCAGCAUCAAAUAAAGUGCACCAAAAGAUUAUGACGAUUAUCUGGGAAAACUAUACAAGCAGGUUUGGAGAUGUCUUAUUAGGUGAAUAAAUGUGUUUUGUAGAUGACACUCUCACAGUGUGAGAGUGGUGGAGGGAAUGAAUGUUUAGAAUUAUGGAAAAUUUACAAUCUGUAGUAUUUGAUAGAGUGUUACCUAGGCUAAUUCCAUCUUCCAACACCAGUUACAUACGCUCUUCGUUACUCUUCAAAUACACAUUCCAGUACUGUUUAAAUGUGAUGAGAGUUUCUCCAACCACCACUCUUUUGGGCAAUGAGUGCUGGACCUCUAUCGACCAAGGUAAGUUAUUUUUGUUAUCUUCCCUCAUCCAUCUACCAAUUACUUUCAAUCUACAUCCCUAGGUUUCUAGCCUGUAUGCCAAAGGAACUUCUACCUUUCUACUUUCCCCAGACCCUUCCUAAUUUAAUACUGCUCAAUGAGAUCUCCUCCCACAUCAGGAACAUUUUUCCUGCAUCUAGCCUGCACAAUCCUUUAAGAAUUUUAUAUUUCGAUAAGACCUUCUCUCAUCCAGUGAAUACAAGCCCAGUCGACACAUUCUUUCAUCAUAUGCAGAUAGUAUUCCCCAUAAAUACUAUCGUCAAAUGCAAUUACAAAGGAGAAGAUAGAGUGCAGAAUACAACUCUCAGCAUAGUAGUGCAUCAAUUCCAUAGACAGUCCAAUGUCCUCAAUGGGAUAAACAAUGAAUUGGACAGUUCGCUAGCUUAUGGAAAGAUCAUUCAAAAGCCUGGUACAGGGGAAAAAGCCAUUUCAGAAUUUGGUGGUGCAUGCUUUAAAGCCUCUGUACCUUCUGCCCAACAAGAGCAGGAAGAAGGAAUAUGCGGAGUGGGAGAGUCUUUGAUAAUGUUGGCUGCUUUUCUAAAGCAGCGUUAUGUGUAGAUGGAGUCAAUGGUGGGGAGUCCAAUCCAUAUGAUGGACUGGACUAUAUCUACAACUCUUUGCAAUUUCUUGCAAUCUUGGGCAGAGCUAAUCCCACACCAAUCUGUGAUGCAACCUGACAGUAUUCUGUCAAUGGUGCAUCUAUUGAUGUUUGUCAGUCAUUAGAGACAUGGCAAAUUCCCUCAGUCUCAUAAUGAAGAAGAGGUGUUGUGCCCUCUUGGCCAUCGGAUCAAUGUGUUUUGUUCACAACCGAUUGUUUGUAAUAUUAUCGCCAAGGAAGUUGAAGCUCUCAACCAUUCUAUUUUGGCACCAUUGAUGCCAAUUGGGGCAUGUACACCACCAUGUUUCCCAAAGUUGAUAACCAUCUUAUUUGCCUUGUUGACAUUGAUGGAGAGGUUACCCAUUUAUCUGCUAAAUGGGUGAGCAGCUGAGCAUGGUCAAGUGUGGCUAUUAUACAGUCAUUUAAGCAGGACCAUAAAGAGGGGACCAUAAUUAUUCCCUGCCCACACCGCCCAAGUUUGGUGCAGAGCUUUGCACAAUCUUGUGGGUUAAAGAAUGUUGAAAAAUCAGCAAAUUUCAUGUUUAGUGUCUGUAGUUUGUUUUCAAAAAAUAAAUUAAAUGAGGUUACAAACUUGAAAGUGAUGUGCCUAGCAUUAGUUAACCGUGUUUGUCUACCGUUUCUAGCUGGAAGUUUUCACUUGGUUAUCAGUACAGUACUUGCUACCAUAAAAA